ACUGGGCCAUUCUCAACCGCCACGCUCAUAUCCUCCCUGAUAUGCUCCAAUACGCAGGUCCGCUCAACAAUGCCUGCGUUACAGACAUCCGUCUUGCCUGUCUUGCGAGUGGCGAUCAGCUAUUGUUUGGGAAGCUUCGCAGGGGAGAGUUGCCGUUUAUACCUGUACUCAGAGCGGGUGAGCACGCUCUUUUGCCUUCUGUGUUGUUGGCUUGACGCACAAGAUCUAGACGCCCUCGUUCUAGGCUCCACAUCCGCAGAUGACAUCGACGUCCGCGAGGUCGAUGGUGAAGCUGCCUUUAGCGCAUCUAUCAAAAUCCGUCUCUGGCAAAAACGAAUGCGCGUCGCUGGUGUGGUAGGUGUAGAGUUUAUUGCACGAGGACGUAUAUGGUCGCUCACUUUCUUCUCCUCUCCCUCCCCCUCUCCCUCCUCCAGCUCUCUUUCUACUCGUAGUGCGGGGAGUGGACCCUGGCAAGUCGCACUCGGUCUCAUGGAGCACAGCCCGCCUACAUUCAUAGAUGGAAGACUUGUCAUCGACGUCUUUCGUCCUCUUCCAUCCUCGAUACCAGACUUACCCUCCGAAUCAUCUUCACCUGCCCACUCAAGAUACCCAUCCCUUCCCUCAACACCAGUGCCUACCUCACCUACGCAAGCAAAACCGCCCGUGAUGAUACGACUUCAAUCUAAAAAUCGACUUGCCCGUCGUACGUCGGAUGGGUCUGUGUUUAGUAUGUUGGAGCUUGGGCGGGAUGGUCCUAGCUCACAAAAACCCUGCAGACCUCCACAACCAGCUGCGUGGUCCGAGGAAGGCACGCAGUAUACGAAUGCGUUGAUUGGUGUGUUGAGCGAUGAUCUUGGAUGGGACAACACACCCUACCUCGCACCCGACGGUACCCUCCACGCACGAUUAGAUGCAAGACUUGAGAAAGCGGAGGGUGGGAGCUGUAUUAUUUGUUAGCGGUUGUAUACGAGGUGUGUUGGUGCUGGUUUAUGAAGAUCACGUCGGGUUUUCUAGGAUCGUUUGUGAGGGAAGUUCCUCCUCUAAUAUGCAAUGCGCAUCCCAUCCAAAUUAUCUACGAUGCGUAGAGUCCUGAUUGAUACCACUGUGGAGCUGGCUGGCACUAGUUGGCUGUGUGUUCCGCAUAUACCUGCGUCCCGAGUGCGUUUGAUGUAGUUGAGUAGAUCUAUCUAUCUCUGUUAUUUCAAACGCGUGAGGGAUGCGAUAGUUGAACAGGGAGCGCAUUUCAUCGUUUUCUCUGUCACAACGUAGAGUCGGUAUCUGCGAUGGGAUGCAUCGAGUCUUUUUAAGCUAUUAUUUAGGCCGUCGUUAAUGUGUAUAAAAUAUCCUUCUCGUAUCUCCGAGUUUGAGAUUUCAAAGUUGA